UUCACUCCAAAUUCCCUUAUACAAAGAAAAAAAAUAUUUCAAUCCCAUUUAUAUAUACGUAUAUGUUCUAUCUCUUUAUAUCCCAUUUUGUGUUCUCUUAGACUUGGCUCUUUUAGUUUAAAUCAUUAUAUCAGUCGAUAUGGCGAACGUGGACAGGCGUGUGCAUGUCGACCGAACUGACAAACGUAGCCCUCUACAGCCGAGCUAUGAAGAUGAUGUUGGUUAUGGCUAUGGUUAUGGUUAUGGUGCUGGUUCUGAUUACAAGAGUCGGGGCCCCUCCACUAACCAAAUCGUGGCACUUAUAGCAGGAGUUCCCAUCGGUGGCUCACUACUAGCCCUAGCUGGACUCACUCUAGCUGGCUCGGUGAUAGGUUUGAUGCUCUCAAUCCCGCUCUUCCUCCUCUUCAGUCCGGUGAUUGUCCCGGCAGCUCUCACCAUCGGUCUUGCUGUGACCGGAAUCUUGGCCUCUGGGAUGUUUGGGCUGACGGGUCUAAGCUCGGUCUCAUGGGUCCUAAACUACCUCCGUGGGACGAGUGAUACAGUCCCGGAGCAAUUGGACUAUGCCAAACGGCGUAUGGCUGAUGCGGUAGGCUAUGCUGGUCAGAAAGGUAAAGAGAUGGGCCAGUAUGUGCAAGAUAAGGCCCAUGAAGCCCGUGAGACUAGUCUGACCACUGAGACCACCGAGCAGGGUAAGGGAAGGAGGUCGUUUGGAUCAUAAAAUU